CGCCUCCGAGGGCCAGUCGAUUUUGCCGUGUCGGCCGAUCUGGACGUGCUCGGCACGAGCUCUCUCGGGCACUCACUAACUCAACCCCCUCCGGCUACCGUACCUCCUCAGGACGUAAGAGUGCCGAUGGCGCCGAAGGUCGCGGACUAACAAUCCACCAGUGCGUCGGUCCAUAGAGUUUUGAAGUGGCCCUUUUGUUGAGUGGAGCGAAUCAGCUGCUGCAGCAACAAUGUUGUUCAAGUCGGCCGCGGUGCUCGUGGCCUACCUGAGCGCACUCGCCGCCCUGAGUUCCAGCGCCGCCUACCUGGAGGAGGCAACUUCCGCGCCCAAGCUGCAAUUCGAGGCCGCCUUUCAAGGAAAAUGCGACUCAGACAACCCCUGCGAACACGUGUGUUUUGAGCUACACGACGGCAUGUUUGAGUGCGACUGCAGGUCAGGAUUUAUCCUGCUUCCCAAUGGCUACAGCUGCCAAGAAUUGAACACAACCGCCGAGCCAAGCAUAGAGUUGGAGAUUUCGUCCCAAGUGCUGCCAGAUGAGGUGGACAGGGAGCAGGAGGACAUUCUGUACUCGCGGGACGCAUCGAUAUCAGCCCACUUGGACCUGGGAAAUGACCUGAACAACGACCUGGCCGCCGCGGGCCAGACGCCGCCCUCGGUGGUGGACGAGGAGCCGUCCGCUCCACCAGAGCGGGUGCAGUUCGUGACGUCGACCACCUCGACGGCCGCUCCGCAGUGCCUGCUCGAGUGCGGCGUCGGCCUUUGCCUCGACGUCACCGCUCCCGGGGGCCGUAGACAGCAACGCUGCCAGUGUCCCCUUGGAAGAACCGGCACGCACUGCGAAAUCGACACUUCGGAGGCGCCAAGAAUUGCACGAUUUUCGGGCCAGAGUUUCUUAGCAUUCCCCGCGUUAAGGGGCGCGUAUAAGGACGUUCAGGUCACUUUGGAGUUUAAACCCGAGGCCAGGAACGGCGUCCUCCUGCUCGCCGCUGAAAGAGAUGAUAUGGCUGGUGACUUUCUAGCCCUCGUCCUCGUUGACUCCUACCUGGAGUUCAGAUUCGACUGCGGGUCGGGUGAAGGCGGGGUGCGAUCUUCGGAGCCCGUGCUGCUCAACCAGUGGAACAAACUGACCCUUUAUAGGCACAGGUGGGACGCGUGGCUGCAGCUAAACGGAGGCAAACACGUCCAGGGAAGAUCAAAGGGUCUCUUUUCACGCAUCACUUUCCGUGAGCCGCUGUUCGUCGGUGGGCCCGGCAACACGACCGGCCUGGUGGCCAAGCUCGGCGCCUCAGACGGCUUCAGGGGCUGCAUCAGGCACCUUGAGCUCAACGACCACGUCUACGGCUUCGGCUUGGUGCCCAACGGUGACGCCUCCCAGGGCUUUGACAUCGAGGAAUGCAGCUCAGACGCUUGCAGUCGGCUAGUUUGCCAACACGGCGGGAAAUGCGUGUCGACAGGUGAAGUAAUCGCAGCGUCGUCAAUGGGUGCCACGGCCGUCGACGCAUCAUGCUUGUGUCCGCUCGGAUACACAGGCACCUACUGCGAGCAGCGACUCGAGUUGCAGGUGCCAUCGUUCAACGGCUCGAGCUUCCUGCGCUAUGAGGGCUUGGGAAACAGUGCCCUUUCUUGGCUCGAAAUCAGGCUGGUCUUUAAGCCCGACUCACCAGACGGCCUUCUGCUGUACAACGGUGGACGAGCUGACGGCGUUGGUGAUUUCGCCUCGCUAGCCAUUGUCGGUGGUCACCUGGAAUUCACAUUCGACCUGGGCACAGGACCAGCAACAGUCAGGAGCAGGACCGUGGUUAGUCUUCACUCGUGGCACGAGGUGCUGGUCUCGAGGACCGGCCGCUCCGCCUGGCUGCAAUUAGACACGCAACCGCCAAGUCACGCCUCGUCCCCUGGGGCGUUCACUCAACUGAUGCUGGCGCAGAGCCUCUACCUCGGCGGCGUGCCCAGUCUCGAGAUUGUUUCGCCCAAAGCCAAGGCUCGCUCCUCCUUUGUCGGCUGCAUUCAAAAGUUGGAAAUCAAUUCGAAGCCGAUGCGGCUGCUUGCCUCAGCGCUGUCGGGCAUGAACGUAGUGAACUGCGCCCACCCUUGUUCCACCAGGCCGUGUUCUAAUGGCGGACACUGCAUCCCGGACCACGAAUACUUCUACUGUGAAUGUCCAAAAGGGUUUAGAGACGUCCAUUGUGGCACACCGGCCUCGAAAAUCGAGGAGUUGACUUUAGAAGCCAUCCCUAACGAGCCAAUUCCACAGUUCACUGGGCACUCGUACUUGCAUUUCACCGACCAGGAGACUAUUAAAAGGAUUGUUAGCAACAAACAGAACAUCAACAUCAGGUUCAGGACGCGUUCGUCCGGGGGACUGUUGCUGUGGUCAGGUCGACGCAGCGAGACGGGUGGUGGGGACAGUCUAGCCCUUGGAGUCAGGGCGGGAAUGCUCGAGUUACGUUACAACUUGGGCAGCGGAGAGGUGCUGCUCGUCUAUAACUACUCAAGGGUGGACGACGGCCUCUGGCACAGAGCCAAAGCAAUUAGAAAUGACCAAGAGGGCACCUUGAUCGUUGACAAUGGGCCGAUGGUGACGCAGAGGUCGCCAGGACGACUAAGGCAGCUCAACACAGACACAGGACUUUAUAUUGGUGGUGUUGAAGAUCCGUCUCGGUUACCAGCGAGUCAUUCGUGGCCAGGCUUCGUUGGAUGCGUGUCUGACUUCACGCUGGACGGGGACUUCCACGUUCCGCUCGUGCACGGGGCAGCUUCUGGACGCAACAUAGAGCACUGCGAGUAGCUCACUUGAUCUCACACUCACGCCUUCAUACGAACUGUUCAUAGACACACACUCACACUCACAUAAACACGUCGUUGGCUAUGUUAUCAUUAACAAAAGUAUAGUUAGCUCAGGAGCUUAUACAACUUGCUAAACAAACACACAAAGACACAUUCACAAACACACACGUAAAAAUACUUGAACGAGAGUCAUGAAUUUGAGGGAUUUGAAGAAGUAGCUGCAUUUUCAGACCGGACAGAGAAAGUUUGUUGAAUUUCAUUCUUAUCCACUUUUAAACACGCACUCUGUGUAUAAAUUUAGAAAAAGAGCUGUACACUCGCCGUUUAUUUUGAUGUCUGGCAAUGUUGAGUUUGUGGUGCAUGGGAGAAUUUCGAAUUUAGUUCGAGGUUCCCUCUCGUGUCAGAAUAUGUAUAACUACAGUCAAUUCGAGCUUGGUGGAAGUCCGAGAAAUUGGAAGAUAUGCGGAGUUCGCAUUGAGCUCACCUAUUUACUGUUACUGUUCAGUUUUUUCGACGCGCAUGACUUAUUGGCCUAAUGAGAAAGGUAAACUGGCGCUUUUUUAAUGUGCUGAUUUAUUGUUUCCGUUCUAGUACAAAAGCAUAAAAUUAACUCACUUUUUUGUAAGUAAAAAAAAAUACAGCUUUGGGCCCUCACUCACAAUGCAUGUGUAAGAAAAUGCGACGAUCGAGUGUGCUAAAUUUCUAGUAACUUGAAAACAAUGAGUUUCACGUACUUUAGCAGCGACUUUGUACAAUAAUUCAAAACGUCCUUUUGAUGAGAAGUGCGGAGAACGGUCAUUUAGUUGAUUAGGAGAGUGCUUUUGUCAGACACGUAGUUUGUAACUGAAUUGAAAAUCAUUUAAAUGUCUGUACCGGCUAAGUAAAGUAUGCGUGUUGCUCUUCGACUUUUGUUUAGAAGACGCAAAAGAGUUGACACACGGAUUUGAAAGGGUUAUCAUACUAACUAUAAAAAGUACAUUUAAAAAAUACUCUCUGAUAAUGGACUGAAUUAGUAGGUACAAAGAUUGGCGAAAACGAUUUGAAAAUAAAAAAGUUAAACAAAGCUUAAUUUGGAGUUGUAGUCAAAAUUGCGCGAGAGAGCUGCGAAUAUCGGUUCGGGAAGAUAAAUAUAAAUAUACGACAACACUCUCGAUCUGUAUAAUCAAAUCAUAUUGUAUAUCACCUAUAUUGUAUGAUAUUGUGUUGGCGAGAAUUAAAAUCUUAUUGGUUGUCUGCAUUGUGUGUAAAUAUGCAAAAAAGAGAGAUUAUAAAUGUGUUGAAGCGUUUGAUGUUAAGUAGCAAAAAUGUGUGAGUGCAUCUGCCGUGCGUCGAGAGCAAAUUCAAUGUACGCAUUUUGUGCUUUUGAAUCACAUAUCAUUUUGGUGGAAUAAGUGAGCGAAAAUUAAACAAAAUAUGCACGCCUCGGAAAUUUCCGUUAAAACUAACGCUGCAAUUGGGAUGAGCAAAGUACUUUGGGAAUUUUUCUCCAAAUAGCGUGAUCGAUCAAAUUAAAACUCCUCGUUUCGCACGUGUUAAUCUUAGCACGUGCCUAUUUUAAAUGGCGGAAUUCUCGUUGAGCUAAUUGAGUUUGAAACUCUAAAAUAUAAAAAUUUAAACCAUUCUGUGAAAUUUCACACUUUAAUACCUUUUUUGUUUGAAUUUCUGCUGAGCUCAAAAUUUGACUAGCCGAUUGCAUUAAAUUUGUGUCAAAGAUCAAUUUAUUUUCAUUUAGCUCAAUUCUUUCAACUUCGAUUUCCGCCUUGCAAAACAAGUUUUGUCCAGCAUGAUGUUUUAAGUUAAUGUGGAGUCAAAAUCGCUAGUUGUGGGACCACGAUUUUCACGGCGGACGAGCAAUAAUGUUGAGUUUAAAAUCGUCAGGGGAGAAAAAAACGUAUCCAAUUGCAGCCGGUUACGAUUUUCCUUCAUUCGGACUAGCUGAAUGUUUACCCUGAAUUCGAUCUGCGAAUUAGAAAAGUUUCUGGAGGGCAAGCAAUAUUGAAAUAUAAACUGUUUUCUCUCUCGGCAGCGAUUGAUUUCCGCGAACAAACCAGAGCAAUUUUCUGAAAGCAUAUCACUACCUAUCUCUCUGGAACAAAAGUAAUAAAACAGCAAGGUAUGCUUCUAUCUCUCUUGUGAAGAGCAAAGAGCUGUAUAAAAUCGAAUUGUGUGACCUGGGCAGCUAGAACAUGCCGCGGCUCGUGGUCGCUUUUAAACAGUGCAGAUCGAUUUAAAACAACGUGUGUCGAUAAGGAGGUAAUAAUAAAAAUAAUUAAAAUGCAACAGCGAAAACAUGAAUGUGUGUCACUCUAUAUACGUGCUGUCGGAUCUGAAUGACUGUGGAAAAUGACAGUCUGCAGUGUCGCCAGAAAAAAUAACAAGCACAAAACACACGCAACACUCACACACACUCUCUCUGGUAUAAAAUGCUCUCUCUGCCUUAAUUAUAUCAACUGUUGUGUAUAAUUAAUUGAGCUAAAUUAUUCACGAAUCGUACGUAUUGCGCGUAAGAAAAUCAUUUGGUCUAAAUUUUUCACACUUUCCGUUGCUCCUCCACCUUUGAUGAGUAUAGUUCUUUAGUCAACUCUGUACUGCAACCAAAGAAAAUAUUAUCUUGUAUUUAGUGGUGUUUAGUUGGUAGCGGUAAGAUAUUAAGCGACGCGACUAUACUGUAUAUUUUAUAUGUCACACUAACACACUUAAACAUGAAUCCACGCAUAUUCUCGGAAAAUCAAAUUGUUUCGUCGGAUGUAAACAUUUUGUCUCUCUAAAUUACGAUUCAGAUGUAUACUCACUUUAAUUUGAGUACAUUGUGGAGUGAGCUAUAAAUGUAAUAAAUUUUUAUACACA